ACAGAGCCAGCCGCUCACCAUCCAGUGCGGAAACGCUCUCGCUGUGGAGCGCGCGCGCGUGUCCACCCUGUCCCGUAUCCGUCUGGUCUGUUGCCGCCGCCGCGUGUUGUGCUCAGCCCUCCCCCUUGACUCUGUGUGUGUGUGUGUGUGUUAGUGCGCGCGCGCCCGAGAGUGUGAUCUGUCUGUUGCGGUGUAUUAGCGCCUAUGCUAGUCCACGGACGCUGUUAUAUACCUACGCGCACUGCCGAGAUAUACUUAUAUACGUAUAGACACUUUGUGCGUUUAUAAUAUACGUAGUGCAUCGCGGAUAUAAUAUAUAGAUAUUCAGUCGGGCUAGUGCGCGGUACAUAAUACAUAUUUUUGGUAUACAUGUGUACAUAGCAGCAGCAGCAGCAGCAGCAGCAGCUCGAGCGAGAGAGGGACUGCUGGAGCGUGCUGGAGCGCGUGCAUGUGUGCAGGCACGUACCCCCGUGCGGCGAUUCCGGACUGCGAGAGAAGCGACUGACUGCGGGAAGACAGCGGCCGGCUCGCGCUGACGAGGAACUAUGGAGAUAUCCAAGGGCCUGCAGGAGGAGAUCGUGUUAGUGCAGAACAAGCUGAAAAAUGCCAUCCGCGAUCACCAGAUCUACGUGGGCCAGCAGAAGAAUGAUCCGAACAACGCCGACAUCGUGGACGGGUUGCGGAAAAUCACGCUGCACAUCGUAGCCCUCGGAAGGUGGCAGAAACAAGUGGUCCAGCGUCUGCGUAAGGAGGUCGAGUCCUACAAGGCCGAGAACGCGUUGAACGGCGCGCGAAUCUCCGUGGCGUCGCUUCUCGGCCUCAACAACAACAACCACAUAACCCACAACAAUGAGUCCGCGACGACGAGGCGUCACAACGCCGAGACGCCCGAGGAAUCGAAACCUCUGCUCAACGGACACGCCGACAGCAGGGCCUCGUCCAAGGAGGACUACGAGGAGACCGUCAGGAAUGGCGACGUCGCCUCGCCUCUGCGCGACGAUGCCUCCGUCAAGGAGCGACUCCCAAGUCCCGUGGUGCCAGCUCCAGUCGAAAACGGGGCCAUAGCGGUCAACGCCGCAGCCGCGAAGCCCGAGAAGAACGGCGGGGAGGAAAAGCCGAAGGUGACGGAUAAACAGCAGCAGUUCUUCAUGGGACGUCUCGGCCUCAUCACCAGAGCGAGGCUGGUUGAGCUUCAAAACAAACGCGCCGAGCGCAAACGGCGCAGCACAGCCAACUCGCACUUUGUUUACAAUAACUGGGAGGUGCCCACGAAGCGAAGAAGGCACGCAUACCUCCAAUCGCUGGGCAGCGCGCCACAAACGCGUCAGACGACGGCACGACUGAACGGACCCUCGCCACCUCCAAAACCCUACAAUAAACCCGGACCCAAACCGGGAGCCGCCGCCGCCGCCAGAUCGUUGAUUCAGGCGUCGAAUAAGCCAGGUCCAAAGCCCGCGAUACUGCGCAACGGCGACGGCAAACAGAAGGAAUUUUUCAGUGGAAAAAUCGUCAAGCAGGAGACUGAGAAAAACAGUGGUAAUAGUAGCAGUAGCAGUAGCAAUGGCAGAGAUAGCGAGCAGAGGAAGUCGGCGCAGCAGACGACGUCGACGGGGAAGGCGGUGCACAUACCUGGACUGCCCUCGAGUCUGACCAUCGAGAGGAUCGAGAACGACUCGAGCAUUUGCGUCACGUGCAGAAAUCCAGGUACAUUGACGGUAUGCGAGUACUGCUCGGCCAAGUUCCACGUCUCCUGCCACACGACCUCGCCCGGCCCUACCGCAAAAUCCUUUUCUACCUGCUACUGCCCCAAGUGCAUGGCGUCCUUCCGCAGCCAGAACAUCCUCGAGAAGAGCAUCAAGAAAGAAACAGAGGAGAAAGAGAGAGUGAGAUAUGAGCUGCGCGAGCGCAACACUGACCUGAGAUUGCAGGUCUACGAGUUGGAAAAGCGCUCGCAGCUAAUCAGCCAAUCCUUGCAGCAGCAGCAGCGUACGCGUCGCGAGUUAUUGGGAAAACAGGAGAAGACGCAGAGGUCCAUAAAGCGCCUAGUGGACUUUAUCAAGCUGAUGCAGCGCAGCCGGGACGACAGCUCCUCACCGCCGCGGCCCUCGGCAUCAACCAGCUGCCCUCCUCGACCUUCCUCAUACCGAUCGCCGCAACCUCAUCUGCUUCCAACGACAGCGGCGGUAUCGUCUCCGUCGCUACCGUCGACCAGUCGCUCCUCCUCUCCUCUUCCUCUUCUCUCUUGGGAUCCGCAACAACAGCAGCGAGGCUCGGAUAUGCCAUCGAACAGCAAAAGCAGACUUCAAUCCUCCUCAAUCAGCUCUCACAGCCAAGUGUCACCACAGCCAAUGGAAACGGCGAGUCAAGAAUACUGCGCCAAGCUAAGGAUAUCGCCGCAGGUCAAUCGCUCCUCCUUGUCGACAAAGUCGCCAGACAGCGUCCCGGCAAGCGUGGUGCCCGACAAAGUUUUGGCAGACGAUGGAAAACAAAAUCAGUGCUCGAUUUUAAUGAAUGGUCAAAUGCAUCCUCUACCGACGCCGAGUCCAAGCCGAAGUCCGGACUCCCGGUCACCAAGUCCAGCAACUACGUCACUGUUGAGGUCAUAUACCCAGACGACGACGAGGACAGAUCCAGAGCCAGAAACGAAAACUCAUCCGACUAUGUCUACAUUGAGUUGGAGUCUCCAAGACCAAAGCCCAUUCAACAGCAGGAGCCCGAAGUGCUUAACAUCUCUUUUGAAUCCUCUGAAGUACCAAGUGUCGACGAGUCCGAUCAACCAGCAGCAAUCGAACAUCUCGAAACCACUUCCAAAUCACCUUGCUCAUCAGAAUCUGACUCGACCCGCGAUAGAGAUCAGCAACAACAACAGCAGGAAGAUACCACAUUUGAUGACAGCUCAGCAAACCACAGCACCACCAGUUGUCACAACGAUGACGAUGACAACUUCCUCAGCACAAUCUUCCCUGGCAGGUAUGGCUACAAAAUUGAUGUCAUCGACAUCGGCACUCCCACUUCUGAGCUCGACGAGUCGUUCGAAAAUUCUUCGACUGAACCAGAAGUCACAUCGCAGCCCGAGUCCCAGAAUGAACAGUCCGAGCACGUGAAAUUGGAAGAAGCGCAUUUAUCAGCGCCACUUGGAACAGAGCUAGUCAAAGAAACUAUUGUUGGGGAUACGACGAUUGAGGAGCCACUGGCCGAGAUGGUCGAGGAGACUCCAGUUGAGGAAAUGUCGGUCGAGGAGACUCCAGUUGAGGAAAUAUCGGCCGAAGAGACACCGGUUGAAGAGACCGAGGAUAGGCCGUUUGAAGAGACAGAGACUGAGGAGAUCCCAGUUGAAGAGACAGAGGUCCAGGAUACGUCGGUUGAGGAGACGCAGAUCGAGGUUACGACGGUUGAAUUGGCGGAGGCUGAGGAUAUUCCAGCCGAAGAGAUGCAAAUCGAGGAAGCGUCAGUCGAGGAUGCAUCGGCCGAGGAAGCGCAGUUUAAAGAUACUCCGAUCGAGGAAACAAUGGUUGUGGAGACACCAGUCGAGGAUAGAUCCGAGCACUCAGAAGAGUCUACCCAGCUCCCUACAGUUCCUGACAAUAAGUCCGAUGAAGUUGACGAGGUUCGAGAGCAGAGUGACAAAUUACCCGAUAGCGAAAGCGGGGAACGUUACUCUGGGGACCACGUCAGCAGCGAUGAGACGAUUGUUGACGCGAUGACGGAGACUAUCGCAAUGAUGGCAGACUGAGAGUUUGUUUUGGCUCAUGAGAAAGAAACUGUUCUGUCGACUGAACAUUUUUCUAUUGCUCUACUGAUUGGAAAGGCUCAAUCGAAGUCAGUGCUUCGGCCGCAACUUGUGUUCAAUAUUGUGCGAAAUGCAAUUUGCAUAUUCUUACGUAUACAUUGUUUCGUUAAUUGAUAUUUUUAGCGACACUUAAAUUUAGAAAAUCAAAUAUUUUAUAACGUAUUUAGAACAUUUUUAUUCUACAUUUAGAAAUCACUGUAAAAGCCUGCUUUAUCAAUUUGGGCUCUUUCACAGUUCGCUUUUUUGUAGCGAGUUUUCUUAAAACGUAUUGAUUUCAUUAAUGAUUCAUGUAAACAAUACUUAAAACUGCCUUAAUUAAAAUUACUUUUAAUGUUAGAAACGUCUUACCAGCCGUUUGAAAGCUUUGAAAACGGAAUUUGUUACAUAAUGCACUUUGAUUAAAUUUUCCAACCAGAUACGGCGUGUUUGACACGAUGCAACUAAGAUUUCUCAUGAAAUGUAUGUAUCCUGACCAAAGCGAUAAUCAUUCGUCACGAUGAAUGUACAGGGUUAUUAUAAUUCGUGCAUAGUAAAAUGUAAUGCAUAUUGUGUAAGAAAUUCGUAAAUACAAUAGAUUCAUGGGUCUUGUAAAUCACUGAACAUUUUUAAGAUUUAGUAUUGAACAAAACUCAAAACAUCUAACUUUAUUUAAUUCAUAUUAUUCUUUCACAAAUUUAUUAAAAACAUUCCGUAUAAGUUUGUAGAAUAUUAUUACAAAGGCGUAAUUUUUUAAAGCAUUAGUGUUGAAAUUUCCAGAUUUCGAUUAACUUACUCAUGAUAUAAAUUUUAAUGAUGUUUUUGUUUUAAUCAUUAGUCUUGAAUCUAAUCUUUAAUAAAAAAAUUGUUUUAUUACUUUGUCAAAUAAUGCGUCACGUCAGGAAUAAGCAUUUACAAGACCUCGCAUAUUCCAAAAUCGAAUGUCCUAUUAGUAUAAAAGAAAAUCACGCACAUAUCCAUGUAACAUAAACAAAAUUUUUACCUGACCAAGAAUAAUUUGGAAAUACUCGUCAUUUCGUUUAAGACUUCAAAAGAAGCACAAAAAGUAAAGCCAAUAUCGAGGGUCUUGUAAAAAAAUCAAUCGUCAUAUAUUAUGGUAAAAAUGAUUUGUAACUUCUUCCAUUGUUUGUUUAAUGAAUAAAUCUGCUGAUAUAGUUCUAGUAUAAUCGAUACAUUUUUAGUUAAAUACGGACGUGUUGCUUGAUAUCGUGAUGCAGAAGAUACCGUAUUUACCGAUGGAUGUUAUAAGGAUAUCUCAUGAUACAAGAAAAUUAGUUCUAUUGAUGAUUGGAGUAACAAAAUUUUGCAAGUCCUAUAAUUGAGCACAAGAACUUGAAUUGACAACAAUGUGAAAAUAAUUAAUAAUUGAACAAGUUAAAAUAUUUGCAAUAUGUUGAUGUUGGCAGAAAUGAUUUCUAUUUUUCAAUUCAGUAUUUUGUUCUCUAGACCCUAAAUCAAGCCAUAUUGCCAUACUGCCUUAAUAGUUAGUUUAAAAGGUACACCAUUACCGUUUGAAACUACAAUCACGAAGUCGUCUUUGCCGAGGAUGGAAAGCUUUUGUGUAUAGAAUAUUAUUUAUUCAAGUCGUCGACAAGAGAAUAAGUGAAUUACACAUAAAUAUAGAUAUAUCGAAUAAUGUCAAGACGUUGGACAUUGCAUGUUCAACCGCCUUUGCAGAAAUUCAUUCAAUGUACAUAUAACAGUUCAAUGGCAACAUUUGAAAAUUCAACAUAAAAACGUACAUCCUUUAGCUCGUUACCUGUCUUUUUAUACUUAAUGAAAUCCAAUAUUCAAGUAUGCCAACGCCUGCGAAAUGUCUAUUUUCAAAGACAUUUGGGCAUGUGAAACCAGAAUUCGUUUUUGUAUGUCAGCGAUUCAUAUGAAUGAAAAUGAAAAAUGUUCUAAUACUAUGCGUUCGUUUUGUGUUUUAGUUAAUAUUAGUCAUAAUUAAGUAUUGUCAGAAAGCAUUUUCUGUCUGACCAUUACAUAUUAUAUACCAUCACGUUUAUUAUAUUAUUAAUCAAUAAGGAAAUACGUUGAUAUUUCGUUGUUAACUUCUUCUAAUUUUUCUUGUUCUAUUUUUUGAAGCAAGCGAAAGAGAUAUUGUUAAUUUUUGAUUAGCGAAAUAUUGCGAUUUGAUUCAUAUUUUUAUUAGAUAAAUCAAUACUAUUAAAUGAACAAAUCAGCGCAGGCUUAUUGUUUUAUUAAAUCAUGCGAGCGUUUUAAUGAGAAAGUAAAUUGCAUAAGAAUGAUGUAUGUAGUGCAACAAAUUUGAAAAUAUACUUAUUUUGUACAUAG